AUGUCUUCCAAGUCCUCCUAUCAAGCACCCCCUUUGAGCGCUUUCAAAUCCUCCUUCACGUGUCCCCUCUGCAAGAAAUUCAAUGAGACUCAAGACAUUCGCAAAACCACUGCUGGUAAAAUCUAUCGAAUUUGUUCCCAUUGCCACUGUACUUCGGAUUUACAUUUUCCUCCUGAAACUGUUGUGAUCGAAUGGAAACAUUCGAGUCGGUGUGCUUCGUGUGCCUGUACCGAUUAUCGUCCCGUUCAAGGCAUUGAAUGUGCGUGUGGCCAUUUGGGAAGUUAUCAUCACUCUAUUCGUGAACCAGGUCAAACGAGAGAGCAAGCAGCAAGAACCAUGAAAAGUGAAUUGAUUCCUGGCGUGUAUGAUGCUUCUUCACAUGAUGAUUUGAUUUAG